CGCGCGUAACACACACACCCCCGUCGGAAGGAAGCAACAGGCGAGAGACUUCAUCCUCUCACACACACACGCUCGCCAACGGAAGACGCAACAGGCUCUCUGUACCUGCAACCUCCCCCAAAACACAACUACACAAUGGUGUUCCGCAGCUCCUCGUGGUUCUCUCUGCUCGUGGGCGUCGUGGUGGUGUUGGGCGUCUUCGCGGGCGUGGGCGAGGCCAUGCCCCCGCCCGUGUGCACCGACCAGAAGCUACCUCUCAGCCCGUACGCCCAGAAGCUCUGCGCCGCCCUCAUUAACAUCGCCGAUUUCUCGAGGGCUAUGGAGGACUACCUCGAUGCUAAAGUGAUUCGGAACAGCAUGCCAAUCAACGAACCCGAAGUGAAGCGACAAGACUUGGAUCACGUGUUUCUCCGUUUCGGACGAAGCCAGCAAUAAGGUCAAAUAAGGUCACCUAGAGAGGUCAAGGCAAUGGCUGCGACGCCUUGGCUGCAACAUCGAGCAAGAACUCUAAAAAAAAUCUAAAAAUCUAAAAACAUGUUUUAAAAAUGACUAGACGUGUAACUGUGUCAUCUGUUUCGACUCGAGUGUUCGAAACUUAGUCAAUGGUUCGUUUCUAGCAUUUUUAUUUUGUUACUGUACUUGUUUUAUUUAUUAGGUAUCCCCUCCCUUUAAGAUCUCUCUCUAUAUAUGUUUGCUUGUUUGUCUUUGUUUAGCUACUGUGUUGUGCAUUUUCCUUCUUCUUUAACUACGAUUCAAUGAUUCAUUCAUCUAGACUUGAAUAGAAAUGAAACAGCUGACACAGUUACACUUUGUUCCCGUAUUUUGAAACCAUUAUCAUAGGUCAAUAAAAAUGAAUAUAAAAAAGUGUCUAGUUUGUUUAAUAUGUUUUAUUUUUUGAAUUAAACGAACAGGUGGUGAUGAUUUUGAAAUUUUUAUAUAAGUUUUAUUUUGAUAAAAACCUCUACGUCACAUUAUCAUGCAUAUGUAUAAAAAUAUAACCCCACAAAAAGUAUAUAUAUAAUGUAUUUA